UUUUAAAGCUUCAGACCCAUUUAAAGAAGCAGAACUCACCUGUAGAUCGUUGAAUUAUACAUAUGGGAUUGCCAGUAGCAAAGAUAGCAGUUGCGAUGGUUAAAAUUAAUGCUAGCAAACUAUCAUUUGACUCUUCUGAUGAAGUAGCACUAAGAGUGUACUGCUGUCCAUGCUUGGUCUGUGCUCGGGCUCCAUCUAUGUGUACAACUGCAUUAAUGCAGCCAGUCUCCUUUGCUGUGCUUUCUAGCGAAAAUUCUAGUAAGGUUCUCAGAUGGCUUGCCACUAUAGAAAAAGACAAAAAUGGACAUCUUUAUAGCAAGAAGAGUGAUUUCAGGGUAGAAUACAGCCUACUAGAAGAACUGGAACACAAAAUGACUGUCAAUAGGAAAACUGAGAAAACUAAAAUCCUACAGAAGCUAUUGAAAAUACACAAUAAUGUCAAGAGACUUCAGCAACAAUUAAAAGAUGUGAAGCCUACUCCAGAAUUUGUUGACAAACUCAGGGAAAUGAUGGAAGAAGUUGAAAAUUCAAUCAAUACUUUUAAAGAGGAACAGAGACAAAUGUAUGAACAGCUUUUGAAGGAAGAAAAAAAUGCCAUUAAUGAACUCAGUAUCUUUGAGAAAAAGGUGGAACUGUGGGCAUUAGGUAACUCAACAACAGAAAAGGUUUUGAGAUUACCAUCAGCUAAGGUCUCGGUUGAUAAAACACUGCAAAAUCAUCUUCCUGAAGAAGUAGUAGAAUUUGAAAGAUUUCUUCAGCGAACAGGAGGACGGCAAGGAGGCUGGGAUGAUUAUGAUCAUCAACAUUUUCUGAAAGUGUGGACAAAACACAAAGGAAGGGCAUCCUACAUGGAUGAAGCCCUUGAAUUUCUCUCUGGAAGAACAAAGGAAGAUGUCGAACAGCAUGAUAAAUGGUAUCGAGAAUUUCUAGCUUUACAGGAAAGAAAAAAGGAGUCAAUAAAGAAGUGGAAAGAAAAGCAGCAUGAAGAAAAAGAAGGAAUCUUGAAGAAAAAAGAGAAAUCAGAACAAAUACUUAGGAACGAGUGUUUAAAGCGUGAAGAAGCUCAAAAGCAAAAAGCAGAAGAAGAAAGGAAAAGACAACAAGCAGCAAUUGAAGCAUGGAAAAAAGAGAAAGCAAUGGCUGUUGCGAUGGAACAAGCAUCACAACUAAAACUACAGCAAGAGAAGGAGAAAAAGCAACAGAGAGAACGGCAGCGCCAACGCCAUGUUAAGGUACUGUUGGAAAGUUAUACCUUGUUAAAGAAAGAAAAGGAGGAACUGGAAAAGCUUGAGAAAGAGAAAAAGGAGGAAGCUGAAAGACAGGAAAGGAAGAAAAUUGCUGCAGAAGAAAUUCCUAAGUUUCAAGAGCGGGAUCUACGUAAACUUGAACUAAAGAUUCAUGAAAAGCAAGCCAAAGAAGAGGAAAAACAAGAAAAAGAAAAGAGAUUGGCAAAGUUAAAAGAAAAGGUUGAAAUCCACGCAGCCAGAGACCCCUCCAGGCUGUACAGACCCACCAAGGGCUGGGAGGAGCGCACCAAAGACAUCGGGCCAGCGGGUUCAGAACCACUUAUGCAUAUUCCUCGCAGAGCUGUCCCAAGCUGGAGACAGGGGUUAUAGAUGAGCUCCGCGUAUCCCAUCCGCAGGACCACGUUUUC